UACUCCUCCCUCCUCCUCCAUCUCCACCCUGAUACCCUCUUCUUCCUCCUUUCUUUCUGGUUUCAUAUAGCAGAAGAAGUAAAGUUCAUCAGAAGCAUGGGUUCCAAGGGAAGGUGGAGGCAGAGUUGGGCUCCACAGCCAUUGACGCCAUUAAUGGAAGGGCCUGACCCUGAGAUGCAAGAAGAAGGAGGCAAGAAAGAGAAGUCAUGGGAAGUGAUCAGAGAAUGGUUUAAAGCUCAGAAGAUAUCACCUUCUGGCAACUUUGCUCAAUCUUUCUAUGGCACAAUUCAAGCAAAGACACAAGAUUUGAGACUCAUUCUUGGUGUCUUAGGUUGUCCCUUGGCUCCUAUUCCCUUAGCCCAUGACCCUACCCAAACCAUUCAUCUCACCAAAGACGUCCCUUUUGAAACGUCCAUAGCGAAGUAUAUAAUACAGCAGUAUUUGGCGGCGACGGGGUGUUUGAAGCAGCAGAAGGAGACGAGGAACAUGUACGCGAGCGGCGCCGUGAAGAUGAUAUGCUGCGAGACGGAGAUCUCCUCCGGCAAGAACGUCAAGUGCAUUGGGACGAGAAGCAGCGAGAAUGGCUGCUUCGUUCUCUGGCAGAUGCUCCCCGGAAUGUGGUCCCUGGAGCUCGUCGUCGCCGGCCAUAAGGUCAUCGCCGGGAGUAACGGUAAGAUCGCCUGGCGCCACACGCCAUGGCUCGGCACCCACGCCGCCAAAGGACCCCAACGCCCCCUCCGUCGCAUCAUUCAGGGUUUGGAUCCAAAGUGCACAGCCAGCUUAUUUGCGAAUGCACAAUGCUUGGGCGAAAACAGAAUCGGAGACGUUGACUGCUUUGUCCUAAAAGUAUCUGCUGAUCGUGCGGCUGUGGUUGAACGGAGCGAGGGUCCCGCUGAGGUAAUAAGGCACAUAUUGUAUGGGUAUUUUUGUCAAAAGAGUGGGCUUCUCAUAUAUUUGGAGGACUCUCACCUCACAAGGAUUGAAAGCCCGGACGAUAAUGAUACAGUGUAUUGGGAGACCACCAUAGGCAGCACCAUCGGUGACUAUAGAGACGUUGAUGGGAUCUUGAUCGCUCAUCGAGGGCGAUCCAUUGCCACGGUGUUCCGAUUUGGUGAGAUGUCGAUGCAGCAUAGCCGAACCAGAAUGGAAGAGAUCUGGACCAUCGAUGAUGUUAUGUUCAACGUUCCAGGACUCUCCAUGGACCAUUUCAUUCCUCCAGCCGAUAUCUAUGACAAUCUUAAUUCUCCUUAAUUAAAUAAACUAAAAGUAGGUUUUUCAUUUUUGAAAAAAAAGUUAUAUUAAAGGACCAAGAUUUCAAAAAAAAAAAAGUUAGCUUAAAAGAUCUUAAAAAUUAUAAUUAUUUUCAAGAAUCAUAGUUGUUUAAGAAAAGUGUCAUUAAAUUUUAGAAAAUAAAGCAUUUUAAGCUAUGAAUUUUCUAAAAUUUAAUACUAAAUUUCUUAAAACUUGAUUACAACUUUGGUUCUUGAAAAUAGUUAGAAAUGUUAAGAUCGUUUAACCCUUUUUUUUUUUUUUUUGAAGAUCUGAGUCCUUUGAUAUAAUUUUUUUCCUUUAGUUUUGGGUUUAGAAGUGUAAUUCUACAUUUUGGGGGAAGGUAUAGUUGGAGAAUAUUGUGGGGGUGGGUGUAUGUAUGUAAUUUCUUUUGUUUUUAGUUUACUAAUGUAAAAGUUCCUGUAAUGAGUAGUUGGUGUUUCGAAGUCAAUAAGCUAAAAUGACAAAUUGUAAGGGAAGGUGAAAUGGAAUAAGUUACUUUUCUGAGAAUAGUGUUCGUGUGAAAAUUGGAUAAUUAUAUAAACUUGUUCUCAA